GUCAUUCAAUUGUCAAAAUAAGAUAAUCACACUGGACCGGAAUGGUACCUCGUUUUGUGUUCGUGUUAAAUUAAAAAUAUUAAAUCAACUUCUAUAAUUUAAUUCCUCCCAUAAAUAAUGGUUGUGGCUUAUACCUUCCAAGAUGUUAUUGAUAUUUUACCAGAGACAAAAACCUUCAGCUUGCCGGCAUUCAAACCAACUCCUUUGAAAAUCGAAUAUGUAAAGGAUACUAGUUCAGGAACUUCAUAUUGUAGCGUGGAACCUGCUUUGCCAUUUGCAAACAGUGAUGUGUUUCAUGCCAGUAUCUUGACGUCGAGGCGCCUCACUGCCACAUCAGGGGACUGCAAAGCUGUUUAUGAAGUCACCUUCGAUGUUGAGGACAGCAAGUUUGAUUUUAAAGCCGGCGAUACAAUAGGUGUUAUUCCACACAAUGAUGAGUCAGUCGUAAAUUUGAUCAUUAGUCAUCUGAACUUAGUUCCAACGGCGGAUCUGUCUUACAGGCUAACUCUGGAUGAUACAGUUAAAGGAGCCAAGAUACCCGUUCAUGUACCUAUAAAGUCUACAAUAAGGCACGUUUUGACACACUGUUUGGACCUUAGAAGCAUAUUGAAAAAGGCCUUUCUCCUAGCUUUAUCAAAAUAUACUAAAAAUGACAAGGAAAAACAGUUAUUAGAAUAUUUUUGCAGUAAAGAAGGUUCAGCUGCAUAUACAACACAUUUUCUCAACAAAAGUCUAUGUAUACUAGACAUAUUUACUAUAUUCCAAUCAUGUAAACCUCCCAUAGAGGUCUUACUGGCAAACCUACCCAGACUAUUUCCAAGGCCUUACUCGAUAGUUAACAGCGGUUUAAAAGACAAUAGAGAAUUGAAAAUAUGUUUUUCUGUGAUAGAACAUGAGAGGAAAGGUCUCACCACAAGUUGGCUAGAAAGACUAGCUUUGAAUGAAGACUCACUUGAAAACGGAAUCACAAACCUGAGUAUAUCAAAUGAGGUCAAAGACAAGCAAAAAGUUCCUAUUUACCUAAGAAAGAAUUUAAACAUGUUCUGUUUGCCAGACAACGCUGAAAAUCCUUUGAUACUGAUUGGUCCUGGUACUGGAGUAUCACCAUUUAUUGGAUUUUUAGAAGAAAGAAAAAUUAUGAGUCAUCGUCAUCAAUCAGAUAUAAGAUUAGGUGAAACUUGGUUGUUCUUUGGCUGCAGAAAUCCUGAAUUGGAUUUUAUUUAUGAAGAAGAUCUAAAUCAAUUUUUGUCUGAAGGAGUAUUGAACGAACUUUUUGUAGCAUUUUCAAGAAUAGACAACCAUGAAAUUAAAUACAUUCAGGAUGCUCUUAGAAACAAAGGAAAAGAAAUCACCCAACUGAUAAAAGGAGGUGCCUCCGUUUUCGUUUGUGGAGAUUUAAAAACAAUGGCUGCAGAGGUCAAGGAAAUAUUAAUAAAAUGCUUUGUAGACCAUGAAAACAUGUCUUUACAAGAAGCUCAGGAUAAAAUAACUGAAAUGCAGAAGAACAAAAAAUAUGUGGUUGAUGCAUGGUGUUAAAGAAUUACAAAACUAGUAACUAUUUUGGCUCAAGUUUUCAACAGUUGAAGAAAAGUGCUUCAACAUUGCAAUUUAUAUACCAAGUUCAAUCUAAACGAUCGAAUUCAUUUGGCAAUAAAAUCUAAUUGGCUGUACCAAUUAUCGGCGCCAUUGACGGAACGGACGCCAUAAACGGAAUUUGAUGAGACUUGGCAGCAAUAUAGCUAUAGAAGUCGCUAGCGGAAGCCAGUUACCGUGUAAAUAAUUAUCUGGAAUUUAUAUAAGUUUGUACUUAAUAAAAUAAUAAGUGCAAUAAAUUAUUUAUUUAUACCACAAGUUAA